AUGCAGCCUUUGCAAUGCAUCCUGGGAGGCGCCAAAUUGCUGUGCCAGAGGCCUGCGAGCAGGACGUGGCGCUUGGCGCUCCGAGCUUGGGCUUCCACCUGCAGCCCGGAUUCCGGGGGACACCCAGAGGAAGCAAAGGAUGCAGGAGGCGGUCUGGAAGCUUUUCGUGCCAAGUUAGCCAUGGGGCCAACGAUGCAGCAUUUUCUACAAGGGGCUACCCCUGUGCAAGGAAGCCGCCGUUUGCCAGACGAUGCAACGGAGGACUCGGAUCACUACCUCGGAUCCCUUGCCCUGGCCGAGGCGCCGAGGAAAGUGUACCUGGAGACUUAUGGCUGUCAGAUGAAUGUCAAUGAUACGGAGAUCGCCUGGUCUAUCCUUCAGAAGACUGGCUACCUGAGGACCAGUCGACUGGAGGAGGCGGAUGUGAUUCUGCUCGUCACGUGCUCCAUCAGGGAGAAGGCUGAGCGGACCAUCUGGAACCGCCUGCGGCACCUGUCAGCUCUGAAGUCCAAGCGGUCUUCCUCGCGGGUCCCUCUGCGCAUCGGGAUUUUGGGCUGCAUGGCGGAGAGGCUGAAGGAGAAGAUCCUGGACCAGGAGAAGAUGGUGGAUGUCGUGGCAGGCCCAGACGCUUACCGCGACCUUCCCCGGCUCCUGGCGGUGGCCGAGACCGGCCAGCAAGCUGCCAAUGUUCUGCUGUCCCUGGAUGAAACCUAUGCGGAUGUCCUGCCUGUCCAUCCCAGCACCAACUCCACAUCAGCAUUUGUGUCCAUCAUGCGCGGCUGUGAUAACAUGUGCAGUUAUUGCAUUGUACCGUUUACCCGUGGCCGCGAGCGGAGUCGACCUGUUGCCUCCAUCCUCCAGGAAGUGCAGCUGCUGUCGGAUCAGGGCGUGAAGGAGGUGACCCUCCUGGGGCAGAAUGUCAACAGCUACCGAGACACCUCUGAGGUCCAGUUCCUCUCGGCAGCCCCGGCCCCCCUAAGCCGCGGCUUCAGCACGGUCUACAAACCCAAGCCAGGCGGCUUGAGCUUUGCAGCCCUCCUGGACCGGGUGUCCCUGGUGGACCCUGAAAUGAGGAUCCGCUUCACUUCCCCGCAUCCCAAAGACUUCCCAGAUGAGGUCUUCCAGCUGAUGUGGGAAAGACCCAACCUGUGCAAGCAAAUCCACCUCCCAGCGCAGAGCGGCAGCACACGCGUCCUGGAGUACAUGCGGAGAGGGUACACCCGAGAGGCGUACCUGGAGUUGGUGCACCACAUCCGGGCCUCCCUGCCAGGAAUCAGCCUCAGCAGUGAUUUCAUCGCCGGCUUCUGCGGGGAGACAGAGGACGACCAUCAGCAGACGGUCUCUCUCCUGCACCAGGUGCGCUACAACGUGGCCUUCAUCUUCGCCUACAGCAUGCGGCAGAAAACCCGAGCGUUUCACCGGCUGCAGGAUGACGUGCCGUUGGAAGUAAAGCUACGAAGGGUGAAGGAGCUCACGGCCGUGUUCCGGGAAGGGGCUGCUGAGGCCAAUGCCGCCACUGUGGGUCGUGCGCAAGUGGUCUUAGUGGAGGGGCCCAGCAGGCGUUCCCCUUUAGACCUGUGCGGCAGGAACGACGGGAACAUCAAGGUCAUCUUCCCUGACGUAGAGAUGGACGACGGCUCUGGGCUUGGAUCAACAGUGAAAGCUAAGCCGGGCGACUACGUCUUGGUGAAGAUCUCCUCUGCGAGCUCCCAGACGCUGAAGGGCCUCCCACUCCAUCGAACCACCCUGAGAGAAUCUGCGGCUUUUCGCUGA